CGCAUAUAAGUCAAGUGGAGCGACAAGAAAUGCAACCAUUACCCCAAAGCGAUUCAAUCCAACUUCACUCGACAAACGACAAACGCGACGCAGCAACAUUCGUAUCGGCAUUCAGGAUAACACAAAAAUCGAACACAUAACUAACGUGAUGAAGUGUCAACAGUUUUUGCUCGCCAUCGUCAUGGCUUCUGUGCUGCUGGUCACGAUGAUCCAGGCACGUCCUCAAUAUGGCUACGAGCAGCCGCAGGCCAGCGAUUUGCUGCUCGGAGGCGUUGGACUCGGCGGCGGCGGCGGCAAUCCCGGUGGUCUCAGUUUUUUGCCCUCGUCAUCGUUGUCGUCGUCACAUCGCGGUGGCGAUAAAUAUCUGCCCCCAGCAAGCACCACCCAGGCACCGAUCAUCAAUAAGAAAUUCUAUUUGGUCUCAGCACCCGAGGAUCACAGCAACGAUGGCAAAGUGAAGCAUCUGGUGUUGGGCAGGCCGCAAAAGAACUAUCGUGUCGUCUUCAUCAAGGCCCCAGCUGGCGAUAAUGCCAAUGUGAAGUAUUCGGCUGAAUUUGCCCCGCAAGAGGAGAAGACCGUGAUCUAUGUGCUGAGCAAGAAGGAUAACGAUCUCGAUGCCGGUGAUAUUGCGACGCCAGCGCCCACACAGCCCAGCAAGCCGGAGGUCUUCUUCAUCAAGUACAAGACCGACGAUGAGGCGAAUCAGGCACAGAAGGAGAUCCAGGGACAAUACGAUAAGCUCGGUGGCACAAAUGAGUAUCAGGAGGAUAACAAUGCUCCCAUCACUUCGGUCAUUGGCAGUCUCGAUGGCCUCAAUCCCGAUGGCAGCUACAACUAUCGUCAGAUCAAUCGUCCCGGCAAUAACGGACAUCCCAGUGCUCAGUAUCUGCCCAGUGGACUCAAGCAUUAGAAAUCCUCGCGACUCUCCCUUCAACUCCUGCAUACCAGUCCAUACCAAUCCAUUCCUUUCCUCCCCCCCCUCACUUUGUUGUGUUGUUUAGU